AUGCGACACACAGAGGCAGCUGAGAGCGUAAACACCUCACCACUCUUCACGAAUAGCGAGGUGCUCCAGGAGUCCCCCCACACACAGAACCCCGGAUCCACUGCGAGUGAACAGGCGACGUACGAGCCGCUGCGGGUGCUUGGCCGUGGGUCGUUUGGUGUCGUCAUGAUGGCGAGGGUGCGCGGGACUGGAAGAACGGUGGCGGUGAAGAAGGUUCUUUUCGAUGGUCGUCUGCAUCACCGUGAGCUUACGCUCCUGCGUGACCAUCUCGGUCCCCAGGCACGUUGUGGGGAAUACGCAAUGGGCAGUCACGGUAGCCAACACAGCAGUAGCAAUAAUAGCAAUAGCAUCAGCAAGAGUCUCGGAAGCAAUGCCGCGGUGGAGGCGGGUUCCACGCCAAAUGGGUACUUCACGGUGGUGCCGACAACGCUGCCGUAUCACCCGAAUAUUGUGCAGCUGCUGGAUCACUUUUCUGCCUGCGGCCCCAACGGCGAGCAGUAUCUCUAUAUCGUGAUGGAUUAUCUGCCGCUAGACAUCCACCGUCUGCACUAUAUGUAUGUGCGACAGAGCCAACAGCGGAUGCCGCUCAUCCUAUUGAAGGCUGCUAUGUUUCAACUUGCGCGAGCGCUUGUGUUUCUGCACGCGCGCGGUAUAUGUCACCGCGACGUCAAACCCAGCAACGUGCUUAUUGACCCUGAAACAGGGCUUGUAAAGCUCUGCGAUUUUGGCAGCGCCAAAGUGAUGCAACCACUGGGAGCUAAGGGACCGCGGGAGAAGAAUGUAUCGUACAUUUGUUCCCGAUACUAUCGAGCCCCAGAGCUAUUACUAGGAUCUCUGUACUACCACUUACAUGUAGAUAUGUGGGCAUACGGCUGUGUGCUCGCUGAGCUUCUCUGUGGCAAUGUGUUGUUCAAGGGAGCCACCACCGUUGAUCAAAUGGCGGAAAUUUUUAAAGUUCUUGGGGCGCCCUCACGCAAGGAGUUAUAUGUGCUUAACCCACAAACUGUGGAGGCGAUCAUGCAUACAAGUGAGACAUGCUUUGGAGAAGCGCCACUCUCACCGAGCAACGCGGACGCCGGAAGCAGCGAUUACCUGCAGCGCUACCACAACCUUAGCAUUAAGUCGAUGCAGUGGCAAAGCGUUCUUCCCCCUAGCACCCCACCGGCUGCGGUGUCGUUGAUAGGGCAGCUGCUGCGGUACACACCGGACGAGCGCCUCUCUGCAAAGGAGGUUUUGGAGCACCAUUUCUUUGACGAACUCUUUGCUGACGACGCUCGGCUGCCGAGCGGCGCACCAUUUCCUGUUAGCAUGUUCCAAGUAACUGCUGAGGAGAGUGAAAUAUUGCCACAGUGGCUGCUGGAGCGUAUGGCAACAGCAGAGAAACUGGCAGAGCGAUGCAAUACAAGUCACCGUGGACAAGGUGUGGAUCAGUAA